GAAUUUCUUCCUUUUUUCUUCUUUUUUUCUUUUCUUUUUCUUUUCCAUCCCUUUGAUCGGUUGAGAAUUGUUGUCGUACUGCGCGACAGCAUCUAUACAACACCUACAAUACAUAAUAACAAUGGCGGAAUCAAAUCCUGCAGGAGAGUUCUCCGCAUGCCCAAUUUCUAUACCUCCGCUACCAUCAUUUCCUGUAAACGCGACACAUUAUAUUUACUUACGAAGAAACGCGCCGAGGAUAUCGACUCCUGACGACUCGAGAAGUCUCUUCAUCGCCAAUGUCCCUUGCGAUAGCACCGAACUCCAUUUCCGGGCUUUCUUCACCAGUUUAAUUGGAGCGGGCCGAUUUGAGAGCAUAUCAUUUAACCAAGACAAAAAAGCCAUUAAGUCUUCGCACGAGCCUGCCCAAGCAAUAAGACUAGCAGCCCACAGGAAGAGGAAGCGCGCCGAAGAAGAGCUCCAAUUGGCAAGAGACGAAGCUGCAGCAGAACUACCACCAACAUGGUCUCGGCAAUUAUAUCGUAGUGGCAGCUCUGCUGUUGCCUUGCUAGCCGAUGACAAGAGCGUCGAGUUAGCCCUCAAAGCUAUCAAGAAGCUCAAAAAGCAGAAGGACUACCCGGUUUGGGGGAAGGGCGUUGACAAUAAAGCUCCACCCCUAGGCUCACAAUGGCUCAAAGCGCAUAACAGAUUGUCCUACCCGGGUAACGAUGUUGUCCAAGCCUCGAUGGAUGCCUACUUCACCAUCUUUAACAUUAAGGAGAAGGAAGCAGCUCAGCUGGCUAAGCGACUCCGCCACGAGCCCGACGAGGAUGGCUUCGUGACGGUUACGCGGGGCGGUCGCGCCGCGCCUGCUAGGAGAGCCGAGGCGGAGGAGGCCAAGCAGAGGAUGUUGGCGAAGCAGCAAAAGAAGAACGACGAGAUGACAGACUUCUACCGCUUCCAGAUGCGCGAGAAGAGGAAAUCCGAACAAGUGGAGAUGCUGAAGAAAUUCGAGGAGGAUAAGAAGAAGGUGCAAGCAAUGAAGCAGAAGCGUGGGAAGUUCAGACCGGAAACCUGAGAGAAUGGCGUCGUUGCUAGCUAGUUAGGCUGGGCUGGACAAGCCUCCGAGAUCAGUUCUCUCGCAUCCAAGUGGCACUUGAUAAGUUACGGUGUGAGACUCUUCGAGUAAGUACUAUUUUUUUACCUUUUUUCCUUCUUGCUAUGAUGACGAGCACGGGGCCAGCGAAUUGCGGUCGAGUCUGGAUUUCCAGAUCCUCGACUGCGCAUGCCGAAAAAAACCGUGUAAUAUAUAUCUUCUCAACUUGUCUGAAAGCAUUAUCACACCGCACCUUGUUAAAAGAAUCACUCUUGGUUAGGACAUAACUAACAGGAUUCGCAGAUGGGAUUCGAGUUUACAGAAGG